AUGUUUGGAGGUGGCAUUUUUGGGAAUUAAAACCCAGCCUAAACAACUGGAGGAAUAGGAUAAUUAUUAGGUAAUGUAAUUUAAGACAAUUAAGGUCAAUAAUAACAAUCUACAUUUGGAGCACCUUAAGGAGGAGCUAUAUUUGCAAAUCCAGCACAAUAAUAAGGUUUAUUUGGAUCUGCUCCAGGAGCACAAGGACAAACUGGAUUUGGUGGCUUAAUGGGAGGACAAAUGCAAUAAGGAGGCCUCGGUGGAGGAUUAGGACUUUAAUAACAACCUUAAGGCACAUUUGGUUUAACAGGUGGUUUAGGCCAACCUCAAGGAUUAGGAUAAUAAGCUCCUACAUUUGGUGGUUUAGGAGGAGGAUUAGGAACAGGAUUAGGAGGAAACCCUGGAAGUGGAUUUGGAUAAUAAACUGGAAUGGUAGGUUAAGCUCCAUAAACAGGAGGUUUAUUUGGUUAAUAACCUUAAAAUGGAGGAGGAUUGUUUGGUUAAUAAUAAUAACCAACUUUAUUUGGCUAAUAGUAGCCAUAACAACAACAAGCAACAGGAUUAUUUAGUGUUUAACCCCCUGUUAAUUAACCUUAUGGAUAAUAAUAAUAAUAAUAAGGAGGUUUAUUUGGGUAGACACCUUAACAACCCUAACAAGCAGGAUAUGGUUAUGGAUAAUAAUCAACUACUCCUUCAUUUGGUGGGAAUUCACUUUUUGGCUAAUAGUAACCUCAAUAAUAGGGUGGUGUUCUUGGUAUGGGAGUAGGAUUAGGACAACAAGCAUAACCAGGUAAUUAAAUUGUAUUGCCUGGAGGUGUGGAUGAUUCAGUAAAUGAUGCAUCUUUAGAAUAAAGAGUUAGAUUGGAGGAUACAGUAUCAGCUAUUAGUUGGGGAACAACAAUACCAAAUUUCUUAGCGAUAUCCUCUUGGGAUGGAAAGGUCAGAAUUUUGGAAAUCUAAUAGAAUUCAUAUAAAAGAGAAUUAUUUGAAAGAAGAUCAUUUUAAGUUGAUGGGUAAGUUGGAUAAGUGAAAAAUCCUAUAAUUUGCAUGGAUGCUAAGGGAGAUUUGUCUCAAAUUUUUGUAGGAUGUGGAUUUGAUCAUACAGUAAAAGUUAUAGAUACCAACUCAGGUUAAAUUGCAUCAAUAGGAUAACAUUAAGCUCUAAUAAUAUCAGUUUAUUGGAUAGAAUCUGCCUAAAUGAUACUAUCUAUUUCAACAGAUUAAUCAUUAAAAAUGUGGGAUGUCAGAGCCCCAGGAUAACCAAGAUUUUAAUGUCAAUUCUAAUACAAACCACUUGUGUCUGAUUGCAAUUUCCCAUUAUUGGUUAUUGGAUUUGCAUCUGAAAAAUUAUCCAUAAUCAAUUUGAAUGAAUUAUAAUAGUUACCAGGAAGAUUUUAAUACAUCGAUUCACCAUUGGGAACCUAUUCACAGUUAACUGCUUUAGCAAUAUUUCCCUCAAGAGAUGGAUUCACUUUAGGUUCUAUUGAUGGAAGAGGACAUUAAACCAAUAUCACAACCAAAUAAACAUAAGGUAUGCCUACUGAAUUUUAAUUAAAAUCAAUCAUGACUUUUAAGGCUCAUAAAGUUGAAGACAACUAAAAAGGAAAAGUCUAAAACUAUUUCUUCCCCGUUAAUUGUAUCUAAAUGAAUAUCAAAAAUAACUACUUUCUAAUGACUGCAGGAGGAGAAGGUUAAAUGAUAUUUUGGGAUAUCAAUGUAAGAAAUAAAAUUAGAACAUUUUAAUUCAAUUGUAAUCCUAUCGUUUGUGCUAAAAUGAGUCCUGAUGGUUCCAUGCUGGCAUAUGCUUUAGGAAAUGAUUUUUCAAAAGGGCCUGAAUUCUUUAAUGAAUUCUAACCUAAAAUAUAAGUUCAUUUUAUUCCAGAAAAUGAAUUAAGAUACCCUAAAAAUUGA